AAAUACUCACACUCAAGAUCGUGCGAUUUUUUUGUGGUUGAUUCCUCAAAGAAAAAAAGUUUAGCUGAAAUAGAUGAGCACAUAAUGGUGCCAACAGGCAACAAACCAGUUUCCGAAACUUGUCCAUCGGCGGGAAUGAUGCCGGCGAAACGGGAGUACGACGGCGGCGCUAACAAAGCCGCAACGCCUGCCGUUUUGACAGACGGCGACCAAAUGACGACUCUCUCUCUUCAUUCCUUCGGCGAUGAUAAACAUGGCUUCUCUAUUCAAAUCAUCGAGAACAUGAGAGAGGAAUAUGGUAUGUUUGUAUGGCCGUGUAGUGUUGUUCUUGCUGAGUACGUUUGGCAACAACGAUCCCGCUUUUCUGGAAUUUCUGCUCUUGAGCUGGGUGCGGGAACCUGCUUGCCUGGAUUGGUCGCAGCAAAAGUUGGAGCUGAUGUCACUUUGACGGAUGAUUCUAAAAGAGUGGAGGUGCUGGAAAACAUUAAGAGAGUUUGUGACUUGAAUAAGUUGAGCUGUAAGGUUUUGGGACUCACAUGGGGAAUCUGGGAUGCACAGAUUUUCGAUUCGCGUCCCCAAAUGUUUCUUGGGGCCGAUGUAUUGUAUGAUACGAGUGCCUUCGAUGAUCUCUUUAGUACUGUGGCAUUUCUCCUUAAAAGUAAUCCAGGAUCAGUUUUUAUAACAACUUAUCAUAAUCGAAGUGGUCAUCAUCUUAUUGAAUUUCUGAUGGUCAAGUGGGGUUUGAAAUGCUUAAAACUAUUGGAUGCCUUCUCAUUUAUGCCAUCUGACAAAGCUCUUGGACAUGGCAGCAAUAUUCAAUUGGCGGAGAUUGUAUUGCUUGACCAACAGGGGACAUCUUGCUCCAGUGACAGCUAGUUACCUUUUACUUCUGUCUUCUCCAUGCGUUCGUUGUCUUCAUAAUUUCUUGGUUUGAAUGCUGCUGUACAUAGUAUAUGAGAUAACAAUUUUGGGCAAAAGCUGGCAGCUAAAUCAACUAAUUACUUGGUAUCCACAUAAGAAAAGUAUUUUCCUGGAGUACAUGGCAUCAUUGCCUAAAGCCAAUAUGUCAGCGCAAGAGACAACCCCAGGACAUGCUUUUUCUAUUGCCGUCUUUGCACUAUCAAUGACAAAAAAGGCAUGCAAUGAAAGGUUUGGAGGACCGGAUUUCUCUACUUUACUGUUCCCAAAUUUAUCUAGGAGCACCGAAGCAUCACAUCCCUGAAAAAGAAAGAAUUUUGUGUGUCAGUUGAAUAUACACAAAACCUGAAACUUAUGCAUAAAGUUAAUUACGGUUUGAUAGAUAGUGCCAGUUUCAUACCCUUAUAAAGCAAUCAUGGAAAUGCAUACGAAGCACAGCUGCAGGGACGGUUUUAUCAGCCUGAAAUGCUUCUUUGACUGUAUUUGAGACAAUACUCUCCACCGAAGGACACGUCUUAUCGUAGUAAUUUGUGCUCAAAGCAUCACUAAUGGCAAUCACUGAGCAGAUGAGAAGGGAGCUGAAGAUUGCAACAACUGCCAUGGUAUAUAUUUUCUGAACUCUUUCUCUUAGGUUUUUUUGUUAUUGAACUUGAAAAUAAUAUGAAGGGGUAUUUAUAAGGACAUUGAUAGAUAGAUUGUAGAUAUAUAGAUAGAUGCAGAGAGAGAGAUAGAGAGACACUGACAUAGAGAGUGACAGAAUAACAGAGUUGGUGUGACCUUUUCUGGGUGUUGGUUUAUCAGUGCAUUAGUUCAGCCUAAUGGAUGGAGUAUUGUUAAAGCAUCUUCAUCAGUCACUAGUAGAAGACAAUACUGGUCAUGUCUUCGCUUCUUUUUUUCCAAAGUUUUCACGUUCACUUGGUAGCUCUGCUUCUGCCUUCAACCUUCUGCAUGUGAUUUUUUAGUGGUUGAGGUUGACCUAUUCCUUUCUCCUCUCAUGAGAAAGCAAUGAUUUUCCGAGCAUCGGUUGAGACAUCUCAUUUCUAGUUUUUAAAGAGGCUAUUGAAUGGUCUAAACAUCCAUUUUGGACAACAACAAUAAUGCCAAAGCCUUAAUUUUAUUAUACUGGAGUAAUUAAUCAUCCGUUUUAGACAAGGACGUGUUAAGUAUGACAAUCUUUUUUGUAUAAGUAUCAUCUAAGGACUAUUACAUUAUCGUACUUAUUUGAGCCUACCAAGGGAAUGAUGUAGAUGAGAUUCAAUUAUGGAUAUCGAAAACAACCCACAUGAUAUGGCCUUGGCAAGGUAGAUGUAGACUUAGAGAACGCAAGGUGCUAAUUUCUUUCUUCCGGACCUCUUUGAACAAUUCCCAACUGUAUGAGUGUCUAUCUUUUCACUCGCUGUCUGACUAUUAUUUCUUAGUUUCUGUUUGAGACAAAUAUAAAAAGGUGUUAAUUCCGAAGGACAAAGACGGGAUUGAAGGCAGAGUCUUGGUUAGAGUUGAGCCAUCAAGUUCGUUAUUGACUUGAUUCUUCAGUAAUGCUUGCUUUUGAAGUUAUAAUCAUCGUUAUGGGCAAAUGGAGAAUAGAUUCUAUAACGAAAGACACAUUAGAUUAUAGAAGUAUAUAUAUUCUGUAUUGUUACCCGUUUGCUUUUUCCAAUGUUGGAAGUUUACUAAUUCUGACCAAAUUAUCACGUCGACUUUGUUAGAUUCAUUUCAUUGCGUAAAUUAUUACAUAAUAUCUUUUUAUUGAAAAAAAUGGCAGAAUAAAUAAUGAAAUGGAAAAAAGUUCGAUCCUACUAAAGACGGAUUUAAGGAUACUAAUUCGGAUUAGAUUCGAAUUUUCGGAGUUUAAUAUCGUAGCAGGAGUCAGAAUUGAAUCUAAAAUUCGAUUCCAAGUUUAACCCGUUGCCGAACUUAUCUUAAGUAGUAUGUUCCACUGUAUGUAUUAUUGUAUGCUGCCCUAGAAAUGAAAAAGAAAAAGAAGAAUCACUGUAUAUUGAGCUGAUUGGCUCUUAUAUUUGUCGGUGCCAUGCAUUAGUGCGUCUUUAGUCUGUAGUCUUUACAAAGACAAUAUUCAGUAAUCUAUAAUCAAUAGCUAAUAUGUCAAGUAUGUCCCUUGCACUCUGACGUGGUGAUCAAUUAUAAGUAGAAGUAAAAUUCCUUUUAUAUCUAUUUACUACUUUUUUUAGAUCUUAUCUACUCACUAUUUAGUACUUAACUAGUUUUUAGGUCCGGGCUAUGCCCCUGGUAAUUAAAAUAUUCAUUUGUUAACAUUUUACUUUAUAAAUAUGACACCAAAUAUUACUUGUUUGAUGUAAAGCUUGAGGUCAUGUGAUCAAAUCUUAUAAGAUUUAUUUUUUUUAUUUUUUUAUUUUUUUUUAUUGUAGGUGUGUUUUCAUAAAUAAACAUUCUAAGGGAUAUCGCCACGUAGCGUAGUUUCUUGCUUAGUAACUUAAUAUGCAUUUUUUCCAUUCCCAAAUAUAUUAAGGAAAACUCAACAUUUAAAAGGUACAAAUAUAAUAAUGUGGACAUUUAAAGCAUGAUUAAAGUCUGUUGAGAUGGUAAUUAUGUCAUGUAUAAUAGCGAGAGGUCAUGUGUUCAAAUCUUAUUGCAAGCUAAUUUUAUUUUUGUUAAUUGACAUUACUUAUGUACACAUUGGGCAAUUCUAAAUGGAGUAACAAAGGUGCCACGUGGCGUGUAUACAUUGUCAUGCACGCCUUUUAAUAUAUUUGUAUAGAUUAUCGCGGGGAUGUAUAUUCUACACCAUUGCCACAGCCCCCCAUUCUUUUGUAAGUCUGAAAAUUCAUUUGAAAAAUUCUGUCGAAACAGAAAAAAUAUAUCAUUUGCAAUCUAUUUCUAUCUUAGAAAUUGUAAUAUAAUUUUUUUAUUUUUUAAUACUUGUGUAACAUUUUUUUAUUUUGAGGAGUUUUCUAUUAUUUGCAAUGAUA